AUGAAUCGAAGAAUCUCCUUCCCUGUGCCAUCGACAUACCAACCACAUGCCCCCCCUCGACCAUCAUUGCUUCGAUCGACUGUUCUCGCUUCGCUGUUUGGUACCACCAAGACCGAUACCAACCCGCGAGACGAUGAGAUACAGAGGCUUAAACAAUUACUCUCUGAUACCCAAAGUGAAAAUGAACGACUGACGAGCGAAAACCAGAUUCUGCAAUGUAAUUUACAGUCUAUUCACUCGCCUCGAAGCGAUUGGAAGAUCUGCGAACAUUCUUGGACAAGCCAGAAUCUAGCUCAUCAAUUGAGUGAUAUGUCCUCGGUAGUUGAUAUACUCGCUGAUGCUCCUCAUGGUUUAUUGGAUACUAUCAAAUAUCUCACCGAAGAUUUCGAAAAUUCUGUGAUCGAGUCUAGAAUACGGAACUUCACUUAUACUUAUACUGACUUAGCGGUCAACAUCAAGCUACUGCAAGAUACCGAUAAAGAGGCGUAUGCCAAUAUCGAAAGAGAAUUCCAAACUUCCAAAAUGGAGUCUAAAGAUAUACGUAACUUCGUCCAAGAGAAUGUGAUGAGACGAUGGGCGAGUAUCAACGAGAUUUACGUAGAUACAAGGGAGAGUUCGGUAAUUAGGACUGGUUAUGAUAAAUGGUUUGAUUGGGGCUCCUAUAUGAGCUUCAACGAUUGUAAACUAUGUUUGACCGAGGGAACUAGGAUAGAAUUGUAUAAUCCGCUUGAUAAGUCUGAUAAAGAGAGGAUCACCAUACCCCACUCCUCAGAGGCCAAUGACAGGGUCAGGAGGAUAAUGGAUACUUGGAAAGAGUCCUUCGGGGAUACUCGUGCCAAUAGUCAGAAGGGUGCUCGGCCAGGUGUUCAUGAUUCCCGGAUGUGA